CAUCGGGGACAUACAUAGUGCUUGGAACUGGUAUAAAUUGUUGAACAGAAACGUCUGUACAACCACAUCAAGUUCUGCUCUCGAUCUGCAUAGUUUCUUGAAUUUAUCUUUAUUUUUUCGCGAACUGAAAACUUCAGGACUUUCUACUUUGUGGACCGGAAGUUUAGUACUUGGUCAACAUUUCGUCUUGCAUCAUGUUUUGACAAAAGCACAGGGGUGAUACGUGUUACCCCAGGAUUUACUGAAAUCCUAAAGAGAAAAUCCACUACCAAGGAGAACAACCUUUUAAACACAAAAUGGAAGUUUCGCCCAUUCUGAAAUCCUUCCUGGCAGGCACCUUUAGUGGAUCAUGUUCUACAUUGCUGCUCCAACCACUGGACCUGGUGAAAACUCGUAUACAAACUUCAGUCACAUUCAACACUCCAGGAAUGGUAACUGUGGCACUUGGAGUUGUUCGUCAAGAUAAACUUCUUGGGCUUUGGAAAGGAUUGAUGCCAUCAUUUUCAAGGGCUGUUCCUGGUAUUGGAUUUUACUUCACUUCAGUUCACUAUCUGAGAAGUAAUUAUGGAUCAGAUAAACCCUCAUUAGCAGAGUCGGCAGUAACAGGAAUGUGUGCCAGGGCGAUGUCUGGCAUUAUGGUAAUCCCCUUCACUGUGCUGAAAACCAGAUAUGAGAGUGGACUUUUCAGCUACCACAAUGGUUUGGCCAAUGCCUUGGUAUUGACCUACAGAACAGAAGGCUGUCGAGCCUUGAUCUCUGGUCUUUCUCCAACGUUAAUGAGAGAUGUACCCUUCUCAGGAUUAUACCUGAUGUUCUACACCUACUUCAAACAGAUUGUCAAUGACAACAUUACAGAUGAAUCAAGAAGACCUGCACUUCAUUUCAUAUGUGGCCUGAAAGCAGGAAUGUUGGCUUCACUUAUUACACAGCCUGCUGAUGUCGUCAAGACACUCAUGCAAACAGACGCCAAGAAACAUGCCAAAGUGUUUGAAACUGUUUCGUAUGUGUUUGAGAAAUAUGGUGCUCAUGGGUUUUUGAGAGGUGUUGUUCCUAGAACACUUCGGAGAAGUCUUAUGGCAGCACUUGCCUGGACAGUUUAUGAUGGGGUUUCACGCAGGUUUGGACUUAAAGGAUAAGAAGUCUUAUGUAACCAGAAUGUAUUCCUACCAAGGAUCUCAACAUGUCGAACUAAUGUACCAUUUGUGUUCAUAUCUUUUUACAAGAGUGUAAAGACAGCUGAUGAACUUUAAGCCUUACCCGAGUGUAUGACUACAUUACUUGUGACCAAAGAAAUCUUCAGAACUGUGUUUUUUUUUGUUUUAAAUGGUUGUUAUGUGAACUAUGGACAAUACGACUGUUUGAUACUGGAAUUGUAAAAUGUACUGACAUACUUUAUGAAAACAGAUUUGUUGUGGGCAUUUUUCAAAAUUGUAAUCAAAGGCUGUACAUUUGACUAGUGCUCACCGCUUGUUAAUCAAGAUCUUAUGUAUAUGAUAUUUAAUGCAAAAUGUCAUCACCUCAAACAACUUACGUGCAUAUGAAACAGCAUCAUCACUAUGAAGCAAGAUAUCUACUAUAAAUUGUGUACAUACAUGUGUUCAGUGAAAUGUGUUUGCAGUGGAUGAGCAAUGGAAACAAAUGUUGUUGGCAUGAAGAGCAUUUAACAAAUUUUACCAUUCAUAAGACAUGAAAAUCAGAAUUCCAUUUAGUUAGUACCUGGUGAAAGGUAUAGCACUGUGAUGUCCAUUAUUGUUAGAGACAAGAUUUCAAAUUCUCUUGUUAAAAGUUAUUUUGAGUUGGGUCAUCCAUAAUCAUGGCAUAUCAUUUUAUGAUCUGUUAUUUCUAAUUCAUUAUAUUAACUUUUAAUAUGGCAGCAAUCAUGGAAUUAUCUUGUGGAUAUCGCAAGAUUGCGUUCAUUUUUAUACUUAUGUCUUGUGCUGAAAAUAAUAAAUGAAUGAUGGUUGCUUUUAACAGUGAGAGUUUCUGGAAACUGAGAAAUUUUACAAAAUAACUUUUAUAAGUGUUUGAGAAAUUGUGAAUUGCGUUGUUUGUUUUCAGAAGAAUGAUUGGACAAGAUGCAUCAUUGAUAAAGAGAUGAGAGAAAAAAAGAAACAAAUUGUGAAUAUGGCUGGAAUUUGAUGUUUGGUUGAGUGUUCAUUUCGUUUUGUUUUUGAAUUUUAGCUACCAGUGUGUGCAAGAUUAAAGAUGUCGUGGGUUAUAUUUUGCUGUGUUGGACAUGGGUUGCGAAAUAUAGACAUAUAUUUAUUUUAAUAUGACCAACUUGAUUGAUGUUUCUCUCGUUCAAUUUAUUGCAUCUUAAUAUUUCAUUAAUUUUUAUGAACUUGUUACAGUAAAUUGUUUACUUGCAAUCAUGUCAAUGAAGCAUUAAUAUCAAUUUAAAUCACUACCUUUAAUGUUGAUGCAAUCAUAUGAAGUCUGUGACUUUGUGUAUUAGUAUUGGAACUGAGUUCCAAAAUAUAUUUUACUCAUUAUCUGGAGUAAUCUAUAUCAUUCCCAUCUAUUUAAUAAAUUGAUUGAUGUAUAAAAGAU